AUGGAAGUCAACAACGCCAGGUUUAACGAGACAAACGUUAACGAAUCGAAAGCAGAACAUAAUGUUCAAAAGUCCGAGGAUCAUAAAAAGCUUCUCGAUUACGGUAUACACGAAUUGGUGGCCGACAGGUUAGAAGAAAUUUAUAAAAGUGGUAAGUUUCUAUACGUUUGUAUCUAUUUCUGCAAGCCUCUACUUAACAAAAUAAGUUUAAUGAAGAAUUGGCGUGGAUUAGACUUAGAUCAUGGUUUAGGAAACAUGCCAUUGGAAUAUUGAGUACGUUUAAAUACCUAGUAGAUAACCUAUGUGUAUUUUUAAUUUCCAAAAACUUCGAUAUAUACACUUAGGUACUUUUUUUCUACAGAUAGUUAUAUUUUGAUAAAUUGUAUCACACUUUAGUUCAUAAUUAUUCAAAUGAUAUUUAUCAAUAAUAAAAUAUUUUAAAAGUAAAUUUUUAUUAAAGAGGGGAUACCUGCCUCAUUAAUUUUACAUCAAGUCUACCAACUAAUUGAUAUAAUAAGAGAUAAAUUGAAUCCAUCAUGUUAUCUACCUAUUUAAGAAAUUCUUAAUAAUUUUGUUGGUUUUAACACCUUGAAACAUUCCUCUACAAUACAUAUAUCUACAUAUAAUGUAUCCUAAGUAUCAUUAUACUACUCUUUUGGAUAACUUUAUUUUAUUUUAGUUUUUAUUAGUGCAGAGAAAGUAUAACAUUAAAUUGGGUAGAUAUAUUUUUUUUUAUCUAUAUCAGUGCUGUUAUCAAAUUCACUUAUUAAACUUUUUUAAAUGAGAACAUACAUCUUAUAUUAAUCUGAUUGAAUGUUACGUGGCUAUAUGAUUAGCAGUCAGAUUAACCUAGGACCCAUAUGGAUAUUUUUAACGAAAUUACAAUAUUAAAAUUGUUUGUGAUAAAUACAAUUUAUUCACCAUUUUAAUUUAUUUUAUUCUAAUAAGUCUUACAAAAAUAUUGUUUGAACAUAAUAUGGUCUUUAAGGAUUGAAAAUUAUUUGAUAAAUAAUUAUUAAUUGUAUACCUAUUAUGUUCAGUUGGUUGUAAAAUAUAAAACAAUGUACCAAUAAUUAUAAAGUAGGGGAUUCAGUAGUAGGGUUGUCUUAUUUUAUUUGAUUGAAAAAAAAAAUAAAAAUGUUUGAAAAUACAUUUUUCUAGAAAUAUUAUUAAAAAAUUCUCUAAAUAUUUUAUUUAAUAUUAUUUAUUAAGAACAGGCACCAAUAAUAUUUUUAAAUCACUUGAAUGCAUUUUUGUAAUCAAUAUUGAUAACUGUUUUACAAGUUACAGAAUUAAAUAUACUAAAUAGAUAAUUUAGAGUUGGUUUAUUUCAGGUAUUAUUUAAAAUUACUUAACAAAGUUAGUUUGUAAACAUAAUAUCUAAAAUUUGUAUUUUCUUAUUUUUUUAAUUUUGAAAAUAAUAUAGAAUAUUGGUGGAUAGAGUAGAUUGACAUUGUUUAUUUGUUUAUAGGUAAAUUAGCCCAUUCAGAUUUAGAUACCAGAGCAUUGGAUGCUUUAAAAGAAUUCCCUGUAAACGCAGCUCUUGGAGUUCUUUCUCAAUUUCUUGACAGCAAUUUAUUGCACGUAUCUAAUAAGUCUGCAUAUCUGUGCGGAGUAAUGAAAACUUAUCGUCAAAAAACAAGAAUUACUCCCCAAGAACCAUUUGUUCAACCACCUAAAGGACCAGAAUUUGAUAAAGUUAAAGUAAAUUUUUAAAAUUAAUUUUGUUAUAAGUACCUAAUUAUACUUGAAAUUUAUUUUUAAUAUUUAGGAAAUAUUAAAUCGGACUAACUACAAGUUUGAUGUGACUACUGGUCAACGGAAGUAUGGUCCACCACCAGACUGGAACGACCCAAAACCUACUGCUGGUUGUGAGGUAAAUAUUAAUAUUUAAUUUAGGAAUUCAAAUAUUGACAUGUGUUAAAAUUGAAUUAAAUCAUAACUAGGUUUUUUGCGGAAAAUUGCCUAAUACAGUGUUUGAAGAUGAACUAAUUCCACUGUUUGAGAAGUGUGGUAAAAUCUAUGAUUUGAGAUUAAUGAUGGACCCACUAUCUGGGACCAAUCGUGGAUAUGCAUUUGUUACUUACACUACUAAGGAAGAAGCCGAACGGGCCACUAUAGAAGUAAUUAUUAUUUUAAUAGAGUUAUGUUGAAUAUAUUAUUAAACAAUUGACUAACUACAAAUUUUGUAUUGCAGCUUGAUAGUUAUGAAAUAAAACCUGGGAAAAAUAUUAAAGUUAAUAUUAGUGUACCCAAUCUUCGUCUUUUUAUAGGAAACAUUCCUAAAUCUAAAGGAAAAGAAGAUAUAAUGGAGGAAUUUGGAAAAAUAACAAGUAAUUUGUAUUCAUAUUAUUAAUUUUUUAUCGCCUUCAUCAUCAUCCUAAAUAUUUGGGUUCGGUCACAUCAUUUAUUUUUUAUAUAAUAAUGUUAUUAUUGUUUAGGUGGGCUUACAGAAGUCAUUAUUUAUAGUUCUCCCGACGACCGCAGGAAGAAUCGUGGAUUUUGUUUUUUAGAAUAUGAUUCUCAUAAAGCUGCGUCAGUUGCAAAAAGACGUUUAAGUGCUCCAAAUUACAAAGUAUGGGGCUGUGAUAUUAUUGUAGACUGGGCUGAUCCACAAGAAGAGCCUGAUGAUGAAACUAUGUCAAAAGUAAAUAUUUAAUUGUUGUAUUUUAAAUUUUAAACAAAUUUCAUUAUUCUUAUAAAAAAAAAAAAAAAAAAAAAUGAUUGUUUUAGGUUAAAGUGUUGUAUGUUAGAAAUUUAACACAAGAAGUAACAGAAAACCGUCUUAAAGAAACUUUUGAAGCUUAUGGUUCUGUGGAGAGAGUGAAGAAAAUUAAAAAUUAUGCAUUUAUUCAUUUCAAUGAUAGAAAUUGUGCUCUUAAGGUACAGAAAGUAUUAAAUUAUAUAUUUGUAUGAGGACAAACAAGGCAUGUUUACUGUAAUUUGCAUAGUUAAAACUAAGCGUUUUCUGAUUUGUGUAUUAUUACAUAGUAGACAAUUAUUUUUUUCAUUUUGCAUAAUUUCAUGUUUAUCUCAAUUUGUUUUAAUAAUUAAUUUUUAUACUUAAAAUUUAUACAAAUUAUAAUUUUACAUCAUUUAAAUUUUUGUAUCUAAUCUUCAUGUAAUUGCUAAUUUUUUAUUGGAAGUUAUUUGUUUUUAUCUGUGAUUUUGUAAACACCAUGCUAAGCUUGUGUUAGUUAAUAUUAAUUUUGAUUUAAUUUGUUUAGUUUAUAUAACUUUAAUUUUUUGUAGGCAUUGGCUGAGCUAAAUGGAAGUAAUUUAGAUGGAGCUACUCUGGAAGUAUCUUUAGCGAAACCUCCGUCAGAUAAGAAAAAGAAAGAAGAAAUUUUGAGAGCUAGAGAACGCCGUAUGUUUACUAAUAUGCAAGGCCGUGCUUUUGGGUAGUUAAAUAUUUAAUAGUAUUCAUUUUUAUUAAACCAGAAGAAUAUUUUGAAUAAUAAUUACUUAGGUUUUAAUUUAUAAUUUCUUAGAAUAUAAUGAAAAUCUCUUGUAUGAUUAAUUAGUCUAUUGACUGUGUAAGCAGUGCACAUAUUUUGAUUCUGCAUCGAGUUAUUAUAAUAUAAUUUCAAAUGGAUGUGUGUAAUAAGAUUUGUUCCUUGGUUGGGUUAGGUAAGGUUAUAGCAAGCAAAGUAUUUGUAAAAUUAUAGUUUUUGUUUUUUUUCUUGUGUGAAUUCCUAAAGAAUUUAAACUACUUAAAAGCCCUGUAUCAAAAACCCAACUAACUUACUCAGCUGCUUGCACUUUUAGAGCGAUGCAAAUUUAAAUAUCAUACAAACUGUCCAGGAAAUCAUAAUAUAUUUAUGUAAAUUUUUUCUAAAUUAUUUUUUGAACUCUGUUUAUUUUAAUAUUAAAAUUUAGUUACAUGUACAUAAAAUAAUCAAAACUAAGGUAUUAGAGAACACGUUGUUUAUUAAUUUGUAUUUUAGGUAUUGCCAUAAAAUUAGAAUGUAGUGUUACAUUUUUGCUGUAGUUGAUACAUGAUAAAAAAUGACUACAAAUUUAAAAGUUUUAAAUACUAAAUUAACAUAAUACAAUUAUUUAGUACAAUUUCAUAACAUAAGAUUUAUAAUGCAAAGAUUAUGGUGCAAUUUUGAAUAUCUACUCAGAUAUACACUAAUGAGUAAUGAGUAAUAAAUGACAAAUAAAUAAAUAAAUAAUGUCAAUAAACAAUAAAUGACAAAUAAAUAAACAGAUGUUUAUUAACUACAAAUUUCUUCUACUUAAAAAUUGUCUAGGUAUUUUAUACCAUUUUGAACAAAUUAAAAUAUUCUUUAGUUUAUUAAUAUUCGUGUGGAUUUCCAGUAUUUUUACUAUUUGUGUAAUAUAUUUUAGGUUGAUGCCUCAACCAUUAUCAUUAAUGGGUGCUCCUAGACCAGGUUAUCGUGCUGUUUCGAAUAAUUUACGUAUGGCUGGUCGAGGUGAUUUUGGUGAGUUGUGUAUUGUAUUGUAUUACUACUUUUAAUAUUAUAACUACAUAAUUUUUAUUUUAAAUAUUUUAUUUGUUUAUUGAUAACAGUAUUGGGAUUGGUCUGAGGUAAUAACAUAAUUAUGAUGCAUGCACAUUAAUGUUUGUACGUUAUAGUUACACUAUUAUUUUUUUUUAGUCUUGUUCGUAAUUUUGUAAUUUGUGUUGAUACAAUGUACCUACCUUUAAAUAUAGUUGAUAAAAAUGUACAUUAUUUAUCAGUAUUUAAAUCUGAAUUAAAAAUAUAUAAAAACCAAUUAAUAUAUACACAUAAUAACACAAAGAUCUGAUACAUGAAAUAACUUAUAUUCUGUUCAACAUUUUAAAGUUGUUUUUUCUUGUGAUAAUUUCUCAAACAUUCCUUAUUAUUCUCUAUUUUAUUAAAUUUAAAAAAAACAAUUUUUUACAUAAUCCAAGAUGACCAUUUUAUAAAUAUAUAUUUGAAACAAAACUCGUGUCAAAUAUUUACUAAUAUUUACAAAUGACUAAAUCAUUAAGUUUAUAAAAUUUGUUGGAAGAUAACAAAAACUUUUAACAAAAUUAUUUUUUAUUUACAAAUUGAGUAAUUGAUUGAUAUUAUUUAAUAGUGGCAAUGAAAAUUAAAAUAAUGUAUAUUUCACAAAAUUGUAGAUAAUUAAUGAUUCAUCAUUCAUAAAUAUUUUCUGUACCUAAGUUUUAUUUCAAAUAUAUAUAUAAAAUGGUUGUCUUGGAUUUUGUAAAAGCGAUUUUCUCAAAAAUUUGUAUUUUUAGUUUUAUAAAAAAUAUAAAAUUGAGUAAUUAUGGUGCAAAGCUCUAUUAUAAGAAAAGAAAAUUACAAAAAUAUUUCAACAGAACAAACAAUUUUUCAAAUAUCAAAUCUCUGUGUUACAGUCUGUGUAUUUACUUAUAUUAAGUGCAUCAAAAGAUAAUUAAAUAUUUUCAUAAAAUUUAAUGUUUGAAAAUUAAUUAUUUCAUAUAAUGAUAUUACAAUUUUCUAAUUAGAAUUAUGCAACUGUGCAAUGUUCAUAUUGUAUUCUGUUAAAUCUUACUUUUUUAAAAAUGCUGAAAUUGAAUGGAAUAUUAUUGACAAAAUAAUGUACUUUAACAGAUUUUACUGGUAUGAAAUGUUACAUCUAUUUAAAAAUAUUUAGUGUCAUUGUUAGAUAUUUUGUUAGGUUAGGUUUGUACAAACAAAAAAAUAAUAUUUCAGCCAUAAAGUUAUUCAAAAUUGUCAAUAAAUAUAAUCUUUGUAUAAUUUGUUUACAUUUCCAUCAUUUAAUCACAUUGAACUUUUUUAAAAACUAAAAAUUCAAACUAAAUUGAUUAAAAUAAAAUUUCUCCUUCUUAUUUUAGAUUCUGAGUGGAGCGAAGACACUUAUAGUUUUACAAAGAUGUUAGUUUUUUAUUUGUGCACAACUUUUCUACCAAACGACUUGCUCAAAUUUCUAUGUUUAACACCUUUUCUGAAAGGAAAUCGAUGUAUGGAGGUACUUUAAAGAGGUUAUUUUUCAAUUUUCUAUAUAGUUUUCUCAUCAAAUUUGAAAAACUGCGAUGAAACAUAGGAAAACUGGGAAAAUCUUAGACAAACUGAGAAAAUUGGUACGACAUUAAACAAAUUUUAUUAAAGAAACUAUAAAGUCUAUUUCAUUAUUUUACUAUAAAAUGACAUAUAUUGUUCACAAAGCAUCACCAUCAACUGAACUCCGCUGAGAACCCGUUUUCAUAAGCAAUGGUUUAUUGUUGCUUAUAGAUAUACAUUAAAUUCCUGUCUAUAUUCUACCUUCCUAACUUCCCACCUACAUCAGUGGCUGCACCCGUUUUCAUUAUCUUAUCUUUUUUUUCUUUAAAUUGAAGAAAAUUAAUGAAGUCUUCUCAUUUGAUAGUUUCAAUAAAUAAGUGGAAAAAAAAACUUGUAUUUGUGAUACUAUCUUCUGGUGUACUCCAUUAUUUUUUUUUGCAUGUUAUUCUUGUUACACUGUGUCCAGAAUAUAAUUUGAUUUGAUCUGUGUUUACUUUUCUUCCAACUAUCAUUUUAUGUGACUACUAUUGCACUAACUAUGUUUAUUUGUAUAUAUACAUUGACAAGAUUAAUUUUUCUAAGAUACUUAACAAUAUGUGUUUUAUCACUAUCUAAAGGCAUACAUUCUUAUCUAUAGAAAAGAUGUUCUAUAUCUAUUUUAAAAUUUAAAAAUAUGAUAAUAAAUAUCAUAUUUUUAUUGAUAAUAAUAAAAAACAUUGUACAGUAAUCCCUUGUUAAUCGCAGUUUCGAUUAUCCAUAAUUGAGUUGAAUAUAAAAUUCUUAUAAAUGUAGUAAUUUAAACCUUUUAAAUUGUCUUCUUUCAACCUAAAAUUGUAUAUAGUUUCGUUAUUCACACAAAUUGUCUGGAACAGAAUUUUUUUUAAUCUUAUACGAUAAUACCCUUUUAAAAUAUCCAUCUAAGUUAAAUUACUAACAGAUUUAUGAUUAUGUUGUAGAAUAUUCAGUAUUAUAUUUUUUUUUUUGUGCAUUUGUGUUUUUAUUAGAUCAUAUUAAUUUUUUAUUUAUAAUUUAUAAUUUUUAGUAGUUAAAUAUUUAAAGUUUUGUGUUUUAUAUUAAUUAAUAAUUUCAAAUUAUUAAUUUAUUAAUUUGUAUUAUAUUUAAGUUUGUAUUUAGAUCACAUAAAAAAAAAAAAUCAUUAAGAAUUCUUUUGUUGACUUUGUUUUAGUGUUAAAAACUUAAUAUAAUUAACAAUUAUAACCAUAAUAUGGUUUUUUUUAUGUUAUUUAAGAUGUUUAGUAUUUUAGUAAAUUAUUGUUUAGAUUGGCCAUGGGGAUUUACCUCAUGGAUGUGGAAUGCAGGCCGUUGGGAUGGUGGAGCUCCCGGUCCUUGGGUAGCACCACCUGGAAAUAGACAAUGGCAUGGAGUUGCACCGAAUAAUCGGUCAUGGGGAAAUGGAAGUGGUGGCCGAGUCGGCGCAACUGGAAAUAGUGGCGGCGCUUCAAACCAUGGGAAGUUUACAAGAUAA